AUGCUCCUUUCGAAGCCCACUGGUUCUUUAAAAUCAAGUGGAUGCGCUACACAGUCAGUCACAGAGAAACGCCAAUCGCUUGGGACUUUCGAAGGUAGCUCGAUGGAAGGCAUCGGAAAUGCCGUAGUUGGCGGAGACAACAAUGAUAACAUGGAAAUGUCUGAAGCAGUGGAGGAUAAUGGCCCACCUGCAGAAGCAUGCGAUACGGAUCAUGAACACCUCACAACGAAGCAGUCACUUACGGGUUCGGAAAACAUGGCCGCACUGGCCCCAACUUCACCUGAAUCAGCAUCAUCUCUAAUUGCCAUGCACGGAAGCUCACCACGACACUCACCCACAUCGUCUCUAUCAGCGCUACCCACCCUACAAAUCGACAUCGCCCCUGACGACAACCGUGAAACGCACACGAUAAUCCCAAUCCAAAACCCGGAAGCCUUCCCUUUGUCCCGUAUCCAAGAAAUCCAAGCCUCCUUCUACCCAUCCGCCGCCAUCCUCUCCAUGUGGACCCAUGUCAACACCGCCAACCAAAUCAUCCGCGUAACCGCUGACCUUGCAAACGGUCCCGUCGACCACCUCCUCAUCCAAAUCCCGCAUAUCAUUUCCUCCCUCGGUCUCCGCGAGCCCGCCUUCGACACCAUAACGCUCCAGCCGUCCCCCCGCGUAGACGAAACGUACAAGAUCCGGAUUCUGCCGCAUCAAAACCCGAAAGAUCCAAAUGCUUGGGUAGUGGGAGAAUUAGUAUCAGCGCGCCAUGCAUACUUGUACUGGCUUGAUGAGCGGCAGUGCUCGGAUCCGAAAGGGAGGCCUAGCGCUGCUGAGGCAAGGGCCAUUGCGGUGAGGACACGGCGUAGGGCAUGGGAUGUUAUGGGUGAGAUUGAGCGGUACUGGGAGAUGGAGUCUGGGAGUGGGGGGAAGAAGGUUAGGGAGAUGAGGGGCUUGUUGCUGGGUGAGGAUCCCGUGUAUCCUUCCAGCGGGGAAGGGGGACAGAGAGGGGUGAGGAGUUUGUGGGUGUAG